AUGCCAUACACAAUAGGAGAUAGAAGAAUAACUUUAGAUUCCAAUCUCUUGGAAUCAGACAAACAGCUUUUAAUCACACACCCCAAAAUAUUCAAGUACUGUCUAAAUAAUGCAGUUUUUAGAUAUAUCAUAAAUUUGAAGAAUCUAGUCCAUUUGUAUCUGGAUAUCAUCACCAUAUAUGCUACCUUGUUGAGAAAAAUCCCCCAUUAUGACGAUGUCACGUUAAUGACAAACAAAUCGAAACUAAAUUUAUUGAAAUUAGAGCAUGACUUUAACGAUAUCUUUGGCCAAUACACUACUAUGCUUGAAUACAAGAAAUUCAAAUCCAGCUGGGAGGACAUAUCUUAUGAGGGAGACAUUGUUCCUUCUGCAUUAUUGAUUAUUGAUGUUGCAUCGCAAGCCUUUGGAACGGUCUAUAAAAGCUUGUCAUGUAUUGAAUUGUUUUUCAAGCAUUACGAUAAUCUCAAAAAGUUGUUGAUUCCUUCACUUGUAGUGAGAACCAAAUCUGUUCUUGAUUCAUUUGCCAAACUUGAACAGUUUCUAAAAUUAAGCUUCCCGGUCGACAAAAUGGCACGAGGUGAGAUUAUUACAUUUGACGAAAGUACUUUUGAAAAUAUGAGAAGAGUUGAAAAAGUCACUAGUGGAAUAGAAAGAGAGUCUAUUAUUCUAGAAACUGUUUUCUUGACAUUCGAUGGGUCGUUAAAACAGUAUACAAGUAUAUUGUUAGGCAAGGCCAUUUUGAAAAGAGAUGUAGCACCAAGAGAUUGUGAGAUUAUAUCGAGAAGAGGAAUUUGCUACCAAGCAGCUGAGCAUGUUGUAACAAUACCCUUAUCAGAAGAUUCACCUAAUAAAAGCAAAAGUGCUAUGGAGUACCUUAGCAAAUACAUUGCGUAUAUUGGAGUUCUGUUACUAAUAUUGAUUAGUGUGGUGUUUUAUAGAUUGUUUAAAGUGUUAUUCGGGUGA